AUGAGCACCGAUCCUGCCCUUUCGCAGGCGCAACCAUGCGAUACCUCUGAACCUCCCUCCGACGAAAAUUCGUUCAGAUUCACACCCAUCAAGGCCCUCCGCGCGAUCCCCCGUUUGUGGGAGCGCAAACCGGCAACUCCAUUCAAGACUGGCCUUAAGCGAAAACUGUGGAAGCGCUUCCAGUCCUCAUUCUCCAACAUGCAGACUCUCGAGUCAUCGACCACCCUGGACCAUGACGCGUUGCAGACCGCUAUCAACACAUCCAAGGAUUCAGCUUACGUGCGAGGUGUGAAGCGUCUUUGCGUUGGUCCGGGGGAAUCUGCCGAGAUCGCCAAUGUGGAAGUACCACAACCUGGACGUCUAUUUCUGGAGACAAAGUGGGAGUCGGAGAUCUCUCGUAAACGACGCAAAUUGCCGGAUGCGCCAUUUGACGUUUAUGAAGAAAGUUCAAACGCCUCAGAUCGUACAACUAGUCGACGAUCGGAUGAUCAUUACGAUUUAGAUGCGGAUGGGGAUCUGGCCAUGGGUACCGCAUCACCUAUUCUCUUCAAAUCACUCCGAAGCCCGCCCAAAACGACUAUUUUCCAGGAUACUAUUUCUACAGAGGAUUCGAACCCGACGAAAUCUGACGAACAGUCCAUUGAGAAGUUUGAGUCGGGCUCAUCCCAUCAGGAACCGCGGGCAGUGAUCGCCAGUGCAGUGCAUGAAGUAAAUAACGAUGUGACAGCCACCCCUACGAAGAUUGUCCGCAGCCUAACGCAGGCACAAGAGGGAACUCUUGUGCGAUCGGCGCUUCGCAGCUCGCUAGAUGGAGAGGACGCAAUGCUACUGAAUGACUUCUUAUCCAAGGCCAUGGCGAAGCGUGCGGCCAAGGCGGCCCAGGUCAGCUCCCAAGAGUCAGACUCUGCCGAUAGGUCGUCAAGCCCGGACAAAUCGCCAGAUUCAGAGUGUGCGACACCGCGAUCACGGAGGGUCCUCGAGGACCGGGACGCCAAUUCUCCUUCUCCCGUCAAAGUCCAAAUCGCACCUUCCAAGGGAGAGUUUAUUCCCGGCGACGAAUCAAGCGAGGAUGUCGUCAUCAAGGAUACACAGAGCGAAGAAGAGACAGCGCCUGCCAGCCCUGCAUGCCGACGGAGCACCCGCGUCAAAGCUCCGCCAGUCAACGUUCCCCCCGUGCGCAACACUAUCUCUCUGCGCCGGGCUAAAGGUAACGAGUUCAUUUUUAUGCAACGCACCGACGCCCAGGAGCUAGCUCUCGCUACACGACGCAACACCAGGAACAACCGAGGCAGCUCGAUGAUGCCCAAAUACGUUCUCCAGGCCAUGGCACAGGAGGACUCAUCUGCGACAGACAGCGAUAUUCAGAGCCAAAACCGGGCAGACCACAAAACCUCGGGCAGUCGCAAAGCCACGUCCAAGUCGCGCAAGACAGUCACCUGGAAUGAAGCGCGGAUGGUCGAGUACGAAGGCGAUACCCCCAGUCCGGCUUCAUCGAACGCGGACGCAGACACUGAAGCAGACGCUACAAUCGAGAGGGAUGGGAGCAGCAAGCACGAGGUUGACGGAGGUUCUUCGCGUGUACGCUCCGGAGCCAAGCGAUUAGAGAAGAAAUCAUCGUCUAGCUCUCGUAGCUCCCGCAGCCAGCCACCGCAGAAGGUAGAAUCCGAGAGUGAUGCGAUCGCGCCAGCAAGCGCUGCAGCGCCCGUGUCCACAACCUCGAAAUCGCGACGCGUACGCCGGCUAGGUGACUCCGCGAUGACAUCGGGCACGCCUGUCAAGACAGGUAGCGGGCGUGCCAGCAAGCCGCCUACCACCACCUCGGCGAGUGAUGUGGCUCCUGCCACCGCUACAACAGGCCCGUCAACGCCUACUAAGCCGCGCCGCAAGCUGGUCCCCAAGUCUCCAAGUUCGUCGCUACUGGCGGUCCCAGCUUCCAAGGCCAGCAGCAGUAAUGGUGGCGAGCAGCACUUUGUCAGUGGGAUUCCAACAAGGAGUACGGCUGGCUCGGAGGGAACGAAGAGGAAGAGUAUGGCGGAGGCUAAUGCAGGGUGCACGCCGAUGCCUCGGCGGGUGCGAGCACGGUCAUGA